AUGAUCACAAGGAUUGCUAGUGUUAUCUUCUUUGGCUUCCUUGUGUGGUUGUCUGAUGCAGAAGACACCAUCAGGCCGACAAAAGUGAUGGGAGAGAAUGAAACUCUAGUCUCCGCUGGUGGUGUAUUCGAGUUAGGCUUCUUCGAGGAUGCAACUUCAGGUAACAGAUUUAUGGGUACUUGGUUGAAGAAUGAUGUAAACAAGAAGGCACUUUGGGUGGCAAAUCGUGAUAAUCCCAUGUUGUCGGAUCCUUCUGCAACUCUGCAAAUAAGGGAUGAUGGGAAUCUCAUUCUCCUUGACAGAAGACAAUCACCGAUAAUUGUGAAUUCAGGAAUGAUUGCAAGAAGUGAUAAUACAAGUGCAACACUUCUUGAUUCUGGUAACUUAUUCCUCCGACAAGGUGAUCAGGUAGUAUGGCAGAGUUUUGAUUAUCCAACAGAUACUUUUCUUCCCGGAAUGAAGAUAGGAGAGUUUGGCUUGACUGCAGAAGUACCAAGAAAUCAGUCGUUAGUUUCAUGGGUAAAUCCUGAGAAUCCUCUCCGGGGAGCAUUCACGCUUGGUGUUCAGUCUGUUGAUCACAAGGCUGCAACAAAAUUGGGUGUCUGGAGAGGAUACAAUGAUCACAUGGAUAUCAGCUCAUGGGAUGGAAACAACUUUGUAUUCAUUUUCAAGAACUCGACCAAUAGUUUUAACUUUGUUUACGUUUACGUAUCUAAUGAAAAUGAGUCAUACUUCACUUUCACCACAAUUGGUAAAUAUGACAUGUCAUGGUUGGUAAUUUCCUCAAUUGGGCAUAUUGAUGAGUACACAAUGUUUAAUGGGAGUAUUUCUACAGUGAGCCAUUCCUUAUGUGAUAAAUCAAUUAUAGGCAAUUCCAAUGUGUGCAUGGACUCAGAAACUUCAAGGUGCACAGAUGGCGAUGCAUUUAUGCCGAUGAAUGGUACAUUGCCAGCUUCAAUGACUGUAGAUUUAUCAGUUGUCUCUACUGAAUGUGAAUUUUUGUGCAAGAGGAACUGUUCUUGCAUUGGAUUUGCCACAUUUCAGGAUGAUCUAGCUUGGUGCCAACUUUACUAUGGGAGCAAAAAUGACAUCUUGAACCUUACGCUGAAAGAGGGGAAUGGUACUGUUUAUGUCCGUGGCUUUGCCACCUAUCCUACAGGUGCUGUAAAGAAGAGUCUGCUGUUAGUUCUCUUAAGUGCAGUAUGUCCCCUGAUUGUAACAAUGCUGGUGGCUUUGUGGUGCUAUAGAAGAGGGCAAAUUAGCAGUCGUAGAGUUAGCAAGCUAAAACAGCAAGAAGAUGUGAGGCUUGAUUCAUUACUUAAGCCGUAUAACCGCCAUGUUGCAAACGUCAAAGCAAAAACUGCAGAUCACAUUGAGAUGGGAAGUGUCAAUGAUCAGGAGUUGCCACUUUUUAACUUGCAGGCCAUAGAAACUGCAACUGAUCAGUUCGCCACGCAAAAUAAGCUUGGUGAAGGUGGCUUUGGACCAGUUUAUAAGGGAAAAUUGCCCCAAGGUCAAGAAAUUGCAGUAAAAAGACUUUCCCAGAGAUCAGGACAAGGAGUGAAGGAGUUCAUGAAUGAGGUCACCCUGAUAUCUAAACUCCAGCACAGAAAUCUAGUGAGGCUUUUGGGAUGUUGCAUACAAGGAGACGAGUAUAUAUUAAUCUACGAAUACAUGCCCAACAGAAGCUUGGACUCGUUUAUAUUUGAUUCUACCAAACGAACACUGUUAGAUUGGACCAAACGUGUAUCCAUUAUUGAAGGAACUGCUCAAGGGCUUCUUUAUCUCCAUAGGUAUUCAAGGCUGAGGAUUAUUCGUCGCGAUCUAAAAGCAAGCAACAUAUUGUUAGACAAUGAUAUGAACCCCAAAAUAUCUGAUUUUGGAAUGGCCAGAAUAUUUGGAGAAAGUGAAACCAGAUCAAAGACAACAAAAAUUGCUGGAACAUAUGGCUACAUGGCUCCUGAAUAUGCCAUGGAUGGUCUCUUUUCCGAAAAACCAGAUGUAUUUAGCUUUGGAAUCAUUGUGCUCGAGAUUAUUAGUGGACAUAGAAAUAUGGCCUUCUUCGAGUCUGAUAGCUCUCUGAACCUACUUGGCCACGCGUGGAAUUUGUGGAAGGAGGAAAAACCGCUGGAACUUCUGGACUCUACAGUAGCUAAUUCUUCAUGUUCAGCAAGUGAAGUUGUUCGAUGCCUUCAAUUAGGUCUCUUGUGUGUUCAAGAGAGAGCUGCAGAUCGUCCUUGCAUGUCAGAUGUCAUAUCCAUGCUUAGAAAUGAUACCAUUGUUCUUCCUCUACCCAAAGAACCUGCAUUUCUGGCACAAUUCACCAGUGGUACUGACAGUCAUUCAUCACGAAACCAGAAUAGAGAUCAUUCCAGAAAUGAAAUAACCGUUUCAGAAGUUCAUGGAAGAUAGAAUUUCGAGAUGUUCAGUUAGAAAACGUUAGUAAUCUGUACAUGUUUCAUACUUGGUAGCAAAAUCCUGUACAUGUUCACAUCUGUACUUUUUUGCAAAGAUGGGAAGUUUGCCCUACAAGAAAGGGGAAG